AUGUCCUCGCCCACCUCGCAUCUCUUGUACGACGAGGCCAAUGGCUUCGGCGAAAACACCGAACCACGUGAGUCGCGGGACCGCACUGUGCGCGGAGGAUCUUCUUUUUUGUUUUUUGCACUGUUCAAUCAGAUUUUUUCGGUCGCGCUGUGCAAAAGCUGCGACAACGGAUUGAUUCGUUCUGCACUGUGCAAAAAAAGUUUCGUAAUUUUCGCACAGUGCAAUCAGAUUUUUGCAAUUGCACUGUGCAAAACUUGCGACAAAACACAUUCGUUUUUUUGCACCGUGCAAAAUGAACCUUGUUGUUUGCACUGUGCAAAUUUUUUUUUUCAUUUCUCUGCACCGUGCAAGGAAAAAUUUCUAUUUUUGAAUUUUCACUUGCACGGUGCAGUCAGAUUUGUGAGAUUGCACUGUGCGAAGAAAAACUUUGGGAUUUUUGCACAGUGCGGCUGAAUUUAGAACGCAAAAAUUACCGCACGGUGCAAGAAAUCAUCAAUCGGACUUUUGCACGGUGCGAUGGAGCUUGAGGAUUGCUUUUUUUCAUUUAGCGUUAAAACGGUUUUGUAAUUGGGUUUUGCAAUGUUUAAGCAAAGUGUAUGGAUGUCGCCGUAUUUUACACUGAAUUUUUUAUUGUAAAGCCAAUUUUUAAUUUCCAAAAAAUAUAAAGCUCUUCGUAUUUUACCCUGAAUUUUCAGCCAAAUGGGGGUCCGCACAUUCCAUUCGUCUGAAGCGGCCGGAUCGACCGAAUCCGGAGGCACGGCCGAGCCCUCGGCCGCUUUGCACACAGAUAUGUAGAAUUUGUUUGUUAUUCACAUUGCUGGUUAUUUUGGUUUUGUUGGGUUCUUUGGUUGGUAUCUACGUGUUUCACACUUACAUUGGACAUUGUGAUUUCUUUGAACAGGCAAGUAUAACAUUGAAAAAAUUUUAAAAUUUUUCCGGUGCAAAAAGAAUAAUUUUUUUGGAUGCACAGUGCGAGAAAAUCAUUUUUGUUUUUGCACAGUGCGAGAGAAAUUUGUUUUAUUUUGCACAUUCACAGUGCAAGCGACAAAAUCGGCCGCACAGUGCAAUCUGAAAUUUCACUUUUAUUGCACGGUGCAACCAAAAAAUAGGUUGCACAGUGCGUUUUGUUGCCUUCUCGCACUGUGCGACAAAUUUUUUGGUUUGCACGGUGCAUUCAAAACAAACCGUCCAAGCGACAACAUGAGAGUUGGGAUUGCACUGUGCGAAGGGCACUGCUCAAUAAAAAGUGGACUGCACUGUGCGUUUUGUAAUUCUUUUGCACUGUGCAGUCAAAAAUCAACCGCACAGUGCAAUAAUAAAAAACUUUUUUUUAUUACUCUGCCGAAACUCCAAGGUAAAAAAUAUUGUUUUAGCUGAAUUCCUCGCCUCUACCGCCCACCCUGGAGCAGGAGAUCAACGACGAUUGUGGGCAGAUAUACCCAUGGCGGCAGCUCCGAUUACCUCAGGCGGUUCGGCCCGUAUUUUAUAAACUUUUCAUGCAUCCCAACCUCACGGACCUCAUUUUCACGGGCCAGGUCGACAUUGACAUGGAGGUGGUAAAUCAAACCGGCCUCAUUGUGAUCCAUCAAUCCGAAUUGAAAAUCAAAUCUUAUGCUUUGUAUGUUCAGGGACAGAAAAUAAACGCCAGAUUGGUAGGUUAAUGUAAUUUUUUUUGGGAAAAAUAAUAAUAAAAGUUAUUUUUUAGCCUUUUCUGGCCGAAAAAUCAUAAAAUAAGCGGGAAAUUAUAUUAUUUUAGGUGAAAAUUGAACAAAGAUGUCAUGGAUAAUAUAAUUUUUACCUUAAAAUUUAUUGAAAAUUGUUACAAAAGGGUCGGCUGAGUCUUAUUAGUCUUACUUUAGCUUUAUUUUGCUAUUUUUGGCAAUACAAACCACCUAAAACAGAAUGCCAAAAAUGGCGAGAAUUUUAAAUCUUGAAUUUUCUAGUAGUGUCAAAAGGCGUGAGAAGGCCUCGGAAGGCAUUUAAAAACAUCAGACAAAAAUAUUUGUCGUAUUUUACAAUUUUCUGACCCCUAGAACAGAAUGCCAAAAACGGCGGGAAUUUUAAAAUUAACAUUUAUAAAUUGAAAAUUACUGCUAAAUAGCAUGUAAAAUGAACAAUACUUGAUUCAGUGAUUCAAUUUUCAGAUGAUUUGCGACCGCUUACAACAAUGGGCCUUCCUGCCCAGCAUAAAAUUGGACAAAGGCGAGAAAAUCAAGAUGGUUGUGCAGUUUUCCGGGGAAAUCCAGAAGAAUUACAUGCAGGGAUUGUAUGUGAAUCGGCAUACCGACCAUAUCAAAGGGUUUGAAAAGUAAGCGAAGCGAUUUUUUGGCAAAAUACGGAGCGUUUUGCCACUGCACAGUGCAAAAAAUAUAAAUUAUGAUUUUCCCAGACGUUGAUAGAAAAAAUUGUUUAACUGUGUGCUGUACAGGAAAUUACAAGUUGUUUUCUUGCACUGUGCAAAAUUUUGAUGGGAUUUUAACUUGCACUGUGCGAGAAAAAUGCAUUUAAUUUUUGGCUGCACAGUGCGGAAGAAAUGUCGUUUAAUUUUUUGCACUGUGCAGGGGCUGUUUGGAAUUUUUUUGAGACACCUGAUAAAAUCUUGUCUCAAAAAAGGGUCUAGUGUAAAAAAAUUCUAAUUUCAUUAAUCGCACUGUCCAAAACAGUUAAUGGAAAUUUCUGCACCGUGCAAAUUUUGUUUUCUCCGAAAUUUCAAAAUUUCUGACAAAAAAUCGGCGAUUUUUUUCAGACGUUCGGCAGUGACUCAAUUCGAACCUACAAAUGCCCGUAGGGUAUUUCCCUGCUUUGAUGAGCCCGAAUUUAAAGCGAUUUUUGAUGUGUCAAUAGUCCGAGAAAAGCAUCAUAUCGCCCGAGCUAACACUCAUCUAAUACGAACGCAGGAUUAUGGAGUCGAGUAAGUCCUUAUUCUUUUAUUUUUAUUUAUUUCCCGAAACGAAAUGACAUUUUAUGAUUGCACGGUGCAAAAAAUUAAAAUAAAAUUUUCUUUGCACUGUGCGGGAGAACCAAAUUUUAAAGCAUGGUAAAAUACGACGUUUGCUCCUGGUUUUAAAUUCCAAUUGAAAUUUCGACGACUUGUACUGCACAGUGCAAACUCGGCCAUCAAAUUCAUCUGCACUGUGCAAAAAAUAGAGUCAAUUUUUAAUCGCACUGUGCGGGAGAAUAAAAAUUUUAUUAGUGUUAAUUGUAAAAUAGGACUGCUCUUAUAAUUAAAAUUCCGUUGUUUUGCCCGUAUUUUACCUUACUUUCGAUAAAUUCAAUGUUUUUUCGUCUGCACAGUGCGGAGAUAAAAACUUUCCAGUUUUCUUAAAUUUUCUAAAGUAAACUAGUUUAUAAUAAGUCAAAGCUGUCUCUAAAAGAUUUUUGGAUAUUCUAGUCAUCAUUAAAGCCAAGUUUUCCCCCAUUUUCCCAUCAAAAAAUCAAGCGUAAUAUCCAAAAAUUUCGAGAAACCCCCAAAACUUCCAAAAAUCAUGAAAAACCUCCUCAUUUUUAGUUUGGAAAUUGACCAUUUUGCUCCAUCCCUCAAAAUGAGCACCUACAUUUUGGCGUUUGCCGUUUUGGACGACUUCCAGAAGGAGCGAAUGAUGACAAUGACGACUAAGAAGCCAAUUGAAGUAAAUCUAUUUUCCAACGUGCCGGACAUCGAGAAUCAGGCGAUAUUUGGCCUCGAGACAACGGUUAGGGCUCUCAGCUACUUCGAGAACUACUUUAACAUAUCAUUUCCACUUCAAAAAACAGGUAAAUCGAGAAAAAUCGAGAUUUUUGGGGGAAAUUCUAGAAAAUCCGUCAUAAUGACGGAUUAAAAAGAGAGGUUAUAUCUGAAAAUGGUUGUAAAAAGAGAUAGAAGAAUUGUUUUUCAGAUUUGCUAGCUUUGGACGAUUUUGCUGAAGGUGCUAUGGAGAACUGGGGAUUGGUUACAUUCAGGGACAACAUGUUGCUAUAUGACCCAAAAAAGUCGCCGGAAAAGUCGAAAGAAGUCAUCGCAUUGGUGGUUUGUCAUGAAAUUGCUCAUCAGGUAGGCAUUUGGGGAAUUUUGAGACAAAAAAAAUUUAAUUUUCGUUUUCCCGCCAAAAUUGGCAUUCUGUUUCAAGGGCUUAAAAUGAUGGGAAAUGGUAGUUCACGGUGAAAAAUAUUGAGAAAAAAAUUUAAGGGACAUUUUGAGACCAAAAAAAUUUGAAUUUUCAUUUUCCCGCCAGAUUUGGCAUUCUGUUUCAAGGGCUUAAAAUGAUGGCAAAUGGUAGUUUUCGGUGACGAAAUAGUGCUUGAAAAAUUUAAGAGACUUUUUGAGGCCGAAUAAGCUUAAAAAACUAUUUUUUAUAUUAACCAUGACCAAAAAGGUUAAAUUUUUCAGUGGUUCGGCAACUAUGUUACUAUGAAAUGGUGGAACGACCUCUGGCUCAACGAGGGCUUCGCGAAUUACAUGGAAUUCCUUUGCGUGGACGCCCUGCAUCCCGACUGGAGCAUGAUGACAACGUACUUUUUGGACAACCAUUUAUACAGCACUCAGAUGGAUGGGUUCCAUACCUCGCAUUCCAUCUCCACAGAGGUCGAAGACCCUAGUCAGAUCACCUCUUUGUUUGACGCUAUCUCCUAUAAUAAGGUGGGAAUUUUUGAUAUUUUUUGACUGCACUGUGCGGAAAAAUAAAAUUGAUUUUUUGCACAGUGCAAAAAAAUUUUUUAGAUUUUUUUGAUGGCAUCGUAAAAAUGAGAGCUUAUGACAUCAUAAAACAUACAUGGAAAUAAUUUUCCCAUUGCACAGUGCAAAGAAAUUGCUUGGUUUUCAAUUGCACAGUGCGGAAAAAUAAAAUUGAUUUUUUUGCACUGUGCAAAUUUUUUUAAAAAUUUUUUUGAUGGCAUCGUAAAAAUGAGAGCUUAUGACAUCAUAAAAAUUACAUCGGAAUAAUUUUCCAACCGCACAGUGCAAAGAAAUUGCUUGGUUUUCAAUUGCACAGUGCAGAAUUUGCUUCUGUAAUUCUCCGCACAGUGCACAUGAAAUUUUGACUUUUUAUGUGAUAAUACGUAAAAUGGCAUCUGUAUAACGCCAAAAAUAAAAAUUGGAUUCUAAAGUCUGCACUGCACGGUGCGGUAUCCAAUCAAUUUUUCUUUGCACUGUGCGAAAAUUGAUUUCUUUAAUUUUUUGCACUGUGCAGUCAAAUUUUGGUAAUUUUUGGGUUCUAAAUAGUAAAAAAUAGCCGUAAAGAAUCUACUAACCAAAAAAGGCAGUAUUUGUUAUACUGCACAGUCCAAAACUCCGUUUGCUUUUCUUCCGCACAGUGCAAAUCCAACUUUCUGCCCAAAACACGUUCUAAAUUCAAUUUUUCCAGGGUUCAGCCGUCCUGAAGAUGGUCUCAGCUCUGACUGGGCCCUACGCCUUCCAACGAGCCCUUCAGCAAUACCUAAAUGCGUUUGCUUACAAGAAUGCGGAAGGUGUGGACUUGUGGAAUAUUGUUCAGCAGGUAAGUUGCGACUUGCCCUGAGGGCACUUGUUUUUUCCUGAGGAGUUUAUGGUAAAUUUCUGACAAAAAUACGAUGUUAUUUUUCUGAAAUACGAUUUCAGCAUGCAGAUCUCAACGCAAAUGGGAAUUUGACAAUAAAUAAGCUGGCUGCUGAUUGGACAACUCAAGUGGGAUACCCUUUUAUCAGAGUGUCUUUGAAUGUGGAUGGGACCAAAAUGUUGAUUCAUAAUCAAGUAAGUUGAUCUGCGAAUGCUCCGUAUAUAAAAAAAAGUAAAAAAAAAAUUUUUUUUGCCGCACAGUGCAGAAGAUUAACUAAUUUUUGCACAGUGCAAUAAAAAAGUUUUUUUUUUUGAUUUUGCACAGUGCAAUGGGAACUUGUCGCACGUUUUGCACUGUGCAAUAAAAAAAUUUUUUUUUUUUGAUUUUGCACAGUGCAAUGGGAACUUGUCGCACAAUUUGCACUGUGCAACGAUUUUUUUUUGCCGCACAGUGCAAAGAAUGUUUGUGUCGCGCAGUGCAGAAGAGAAACUACUUUCGCACAGUGCAACAAAAAUUUCUUUUGCACGGUGCGGUCGAAACUUAUCGCUCUUCUGAUUGCACUGUGCAAAAUAUUUUGUUUGACUUACAGUGCAAAAGAAAGAGUUUUUUUUCGCACAGUGCAAACCAAAAUUUUGAUUCUUUUACUUUGCACGGUGCGGUCGAAACUGAUCGCUCCUUUCUUUGCACUGUGCAAAAUAUUUUGUUUGACGCACAGUGCAAAAGAAAGAGUUUUUUUCGCACAGUGCAAAUCAAAAUUUUGAUUCUUUUACUUUGCACGGUGCGGUCGAAACCAGAGAUUGCCACGGUCAAAAUUUCGGCUCCGGCUCCGGCUCCCAUGAAAAAUUUAAAAAGUUCUUCGGCUCCGAAUCUCGGCUCCCGUGCAAAAAAUUAAAAAAAAAUAUUUUUCCAAAAAUAAAAGUUAUUAAUGCCAGAGGUCAUACACCCAACGUUUUUGAAGCCAAGUUGUAUGCAACACAUCCUUCCCACUAUUUUUCAAGCAAUUUGGUUUAACAAGAUCACGGAAUUUUUAUUUUUCUGAACGCUGAGAAGCCUGGCUCCGACUUUGAGCUCCGGAGCCGGAGCCGCACCCAAAAUUCCCGGCUCCGGCUCUGGCUCCCGGCUCGGAGCCGGAGCCGCUCAGAGCCGGAGCCAAGAGCCGGCUCCGGAGCCGUGGCAAUCUCUGGUCGAAACUGAUCGCUCCUUUCUUUGCACUGUGCGCCGAAAACCGAGAAAAAAAUUGUUUGCACAGUGCAAUGAAAUUCCAUCGCGAUUUUCUUUUUUCUCGCACAGUGCGAAUCAAAAUUUCAAUUUUCUCUCCGUUGCACGGUGCAAGUGGAAAAAAUUUUCUGCACAGUGCAAAAAAACAAAAAAAAAAAUAAAUAUCAGUCUGUCGGAAAAAUAACGGCGGAUCGUCGCAUCAAAAUGUCUCGCCUCGCCGCUGUCGCGCACCAAAUCCCAAUCCGCGGCUUGCAGUCGCAAAGCGAUGAUGGGCGAUUCCGAAGCGCGACGAUCCGCCGUUUUUUUCCCGACAGACCGAUAAAACUUGAAUUUUCGGGCUGUCCGAGGAAUUCUUCCUUAAUUUUUUUUUCAGUCCCGAUUCCUUUACCUUGAAGAGGAGAGGUAUCCAAAUGUCACGGAGAAAUGGUCGAUUCCAAUCAUGUAUCGGUCCAGUUCAGUCAGUGUUCCCAGAUUAACAUGGUUUUUCGAUGAGCCAGGUGAGUUUUCCGACCCAUGAGACCUCUAAAAUACGACAAAAUUAGUCGAAAUUUUCCCAAUUUUGUUUUCAGUGAUGGUUGAUCUCGGCACGGUGCGAUCCAAUUGGGUGGUGGCAAAUGCGGAUGCCAAUGGGUUCUAUCGAGUGUUGUAUACAGAGGAAAUUUAUAAGGAAUUUGCGAAACAAUUGCGACGGGAUCAUACGGUAGAUCGCAGUUCAAAAAAUUUUGCGCAGUGCGGAAAAAAAAAUUUUGAAAAAAUUUGCGCACUGUGCGGUAGGUUUUUUUGUCAAUUGCACUGUGCAAUUGUGAGCUAUUAUCCUUGCAUUGCACAGUGCGAAAAAACAUUUUUUGUUUUUUCCGGACGCACCGUGCAAUUAAAUUUGGAGAUCUUUUGCACUGUGCGAAUUUUUUCUUCGAUUGUUUUUGCACUGUGCAGUCAAAAGUGUUUUACUUUCAUUGCACGGUGCGAAAUAAAAUUGAAAAAAAUGCGCACUGUGCGGCAGACUUUUUUUGUCCAUUGCACAGUGCAAUAGAAAAUAAUUGUCCUUUCAUUGCACAGUGCGGCGAGAUUUUUGUUCUUUUGGAACGCACCGUGCAAUAUAAUUUGGACAUUUGUUGCACCGUGCGAAUUUUUUCUUCGAUUGAUUUUGCACUGUGCACUCAGAAUUGUAUUCUUUUUAUUUGCUCAGCGCAACCAAAGAACGUCGUUUGCACAGUGCAAUAGUAAACAAUUAUCCUUUCAUUGCACAGUGCGAAAAAACAUUUUUUGAUUGUGCACUGUGCAACAGACCUUUUUUGUCAAUUGCACUGUGCAAAAGUAAACAAUUAUGCUUUCAUUGCACAGUGCGACGAAAUUUUUGUUCUUUCAGAACGCACCGUGCAAUUUAGUUUUGCCGAUUUUUUGCACUGCGCCAAAUUUUUCUCCGAUUGAUUUUGCACUGUGCAGUCGAAAUUGUCUUUUUUCCCUGCACUGUGCGAUCAAAAACCUCACGACACGAGGUUGCACUGUGCGUCGAACUUGCGUCAACUACGCACGGUGCAUUUUUGUCGCUUGCGUUGUUUUCGCACAGUGCAAUCAAAAGAUUCCCAUUUUUUCUCCGCACGGUGCAGCCAAUGAGUUUGCUUUGUUUCGUUGCACUGUGCAAAAAUUAUUUUUCAAUUUUCGGCGCACAGGGCGAAGAAAAGAGCGAUCAGUUUUGACCGCACCGUGCAAAAUCAAAAAAAAUUUUUUUUCAGGGAAUCGCUACAGUAGACCGCGCGGUGAUUAUCAAUGAUGCGUUUGCCUUCGUCAAGGCUGGUUAUCUCAAACUGGACGUCGCUUUUGACCUGGUCUCUUAUGUGGAAGGUAAAAAAAUAAAAAAAAAAAAAAAAAAAAUAUUUAUCCUCGUAUUUCAGCCGGAACUGAGCUCGACCGUGUUCCAUGGAUCGUAAUUCUCCAGAAUCUCCGUUGUAUCGAGUACUUGAUCGAUGAUAACUACAAAUUAUUGACCAGUUAUCAGCAAUUCGAACGGCAUUUGAUUCUCCGAACCUACGAGGAGAUUGGCUGGGAAAAGCCGGAGGAUCACACGGCCAAAAUGUUCCAACCAGAGCUCCUUCACACGGCUUGUCGCUUGGAGAUCAGCAAUUGCACGAAGGAGGCGCAGAAUCGGUUUUAUCAGUGGGUCGCGGACCGAAAUUCGUGCGUUGUUUUUGAGAUUUUUUAAAGAUUGGUGAUUUUGAAAAAUCAGGUGCAGUCUCCAUUCCCGUAUUUUAACCUAUUUUUACAGUUUUUACUUUUGCACUGUGCUGUAUCAAAAAUUUUUUGUUUCUGCACUGUGCACCGAAUUAAAGGCUAUUUUGCACUGUGCAAGGGCGAUUUUUUACCAAGAAAUUUGAAAUACUGUUAUCUUUCCACACUAUCUAGACUGAUAAAUCCAAUUUUUAUACUUUAGAGAACUGCACGGUGCAAAAAUUUGAGUUCAUUUUUCUGCACUGUGCGAAUUCCUUAACCUUUGAAUUCUGAUGUCCGAAUAAAUUUUGUCGCUCAAAAAUGGACAUAGUAUGGUUUUACAGUAAAACCAUGUUUUGGGAACUCCGUAUUUUACAUUUUUCUAAACCGCACCGUGCAAUAAAGUGAAAUGUAAAUUUUGCACUGUGCAAUUGUCAAAAAAGCUUUUUUGAGCAGCUAUAAAGACAAGCCUUGCCUCAAAAUUUUUUAGAAAAGGAUUUUACAGUACGCGCUAUCAUAAUGCACCCAUAUUUUACCUUUUUGAAAAACUGCACAGUGCGGAAAAUGCAAAUUUAUAGUUCGUAUCGUACUGUGCAGUCGAUAAAAAAGUGUGUUGCACUGUGAAUUACAAAAUUGGAUAUAAAAAAUUUUUGUAAAUGUAUUUUACCUCCCUGUGAUUCAUAUUACACCCGCAUUUUUAAAUUCUGAAAAGCUGCACAGUGCAAAAAAUUUGAAUCAAAUCUUUCGCACUGCGCAGCCGCCAAAAAUGUGUAUUGCUCUGUGAAUUAUAAAGUUUAGGAUAUAAAACUAUUCUUUAAACGUAUUUCCCCGCUGUUACUCAUACCACAGCCAUAUUUUAUCUUUUGAAAAGCUGCACAGUGCGAAAAAUUUGAACCUAACUUUUCGCACCGUGCGGUCGCCAAAAAAGUGUAUUGCUCUGUGAAUUGUAAAGUUUAGGAUAUAAAACUAUUCUGUAAACGUAUUUUACCCCGCUGUUACUCAUACCACAGCCAUAUUUUAUCUUUUGAAAAGCUGCACAGUGCGAAAAAUUUGAAUCCAAUCUUUCGCACUGUGCAGUGGCCAGAAAGCGUAUUUCACUGUGAAUUACAAAGUUUAGGGCAUAAAAAUUUUCUGUCAAAGAAUUUUACCUCACGGUUAUUCAUAAUACAACCAUAUUUCCUUUUGAAAAGCUGCACAGUGCGAAAAAUUAGAAUCCAAUCUUUCGCACUGUGCAGUGGCCAAAAAUAUGUAUUGCUCCGUGAACUACGAACACUUGGGGAUAAAAAUUUUCCGUAAUGUCAUUUUACCUCACUGUAAUUCAUAAUUCAUCCACAUUUUACCUUCUAAAAAACUGCACUGUGCGAAAAAUUUGAAUCCAAUGUUUCGCACUGUGCAGUGGCCAGAAAGCGUAUUUCACUGUGAAUUACAAAGUUUUGGAUAUAAAAAAUUUUUGUAAAUGUAUUUUACCUCACUGUAAUUCAUAAUACAACCAUAUUUUACCUUCUGAAAAGCUGCACAGUGCGCAAAAUUAGAAUCCAAUCUUUCGCACUGUGCAAGCCAAAAAAAGUUCUUCUGCACAGUGCAAACGACAAAAAAAUCAUUCAAAAUUUUGCACAGUGCCUUUCAAAGUGUAAUCCAACAAAAAUGGCCUCGUUCCAGAGUCUCCGUGGACCUGCAACCCCUUGUUUUGGAGGAGGGAAUUCGUCACGGGACGAUGAAUGACUGGGAAAAUUUGCUCAACGAAUACCUCAAGUCCAAGACGCCGGCCGAACGCAACACAAUGCUGAUCGCGCUGACCGCCACGCAGGAUGUGCAGAAUGUGGUGAGGUUGUUGAACAUGGCGUUUGACGGGGAGACGAUCAGACCCAACUUUUUGCCAAGGGUCUUUGGCGCGUUGGUGCAGAAUCGGGCGGCCGCACACGUCACUUGGAGGUUUAUUCGACAGCACAGAGAGCGAUUGGAGGAGAUGUAAGACCGGAUUUGAUUUUAUAGGGGGGUUUGAGACUUUUUGAAGAAAAAAUGCGUCAUGAUGACGGAGAUUUUGAAAACUUUACAAAAUAUUUUUUAGGUCAAAACAAAAAUCUUAUGCGAUUUUUGAGUAGAAAAUUCUAAAAAAUAAAAUAUGUCAUGAUGACGGAUUUUUUGGAAAUUUUGAAAAAGUCGAUUUUUUGGCUUGAAAUUUGAAUUUUUGUCCAUUUUAGGCAGAAAAAUUAAAUAAUUAUAUGUGUCAUGAUGACGGAUUUUUUGGAAUUUCAAAAUUUCCACCAUAAAAUUUAUGAAAAAUUACAUUUUAAUAUCAAAAAUCGAAAAAUUUUAAAAAAUUUACUCUGUAGACUCACAAAUAAAAUAUGUCACGAUGACAUAUUUUCUGGAAUUUCCCGUUUACCAUAAAAAAUUCCAAUUUUCAGUCUUGGCGACGCAACAGUAAUGUUCGGAGCGGCCCUGAAAAUGGUGAUCGAAGGUUUCUCCACCGACUUUGACCUGCGAGAAGUCCGCGACAGCUUCACCAAAUAUGGAAUGGGCGCUUCGCAGGCCCGGAUCCAUCAGUCUCUGGAGACGGUGAGGUUGAAUAUACAGUGGAGACAUCUCAACGAAAAGGCCCUCGGACUGUGGCUGGACAAAUGGCACUUACGGCGAGAGGAAUAA